AUUCGGGCUCCAAUAAAUUUACCAAGUGGUUGAGGCGAAUCAAGUAAUCAACAAAGAACAACAAAUGAAAAGAAAGAGUUUAGAAGAGUCAGGAAUCUUAAGAACUUCAUUUUCUGGGAUUCUGUCGUUCCUACCAUAGCGUCCUUGAGGUCGGUUACUCCCAACAAUUUGUAUAAAAAUUUACAUUUCAACAGAUAACCCAACCAUUUCCAAAACUUAAAUCAAUUCGUUACAACCAAUAGAGAGCUUUUCUCAUCACCAUCCAAAACUGAGAAGCUUUGUUUUUUACCAAUCUUCAUCAUAGCUGCAUUACCAAAUAAGUUAAUUUUAUCAACCAUUAUUGAUUAUCUUCAUGCAACCAUCAGUAUAACAUCUAAUACGGACAAAUCCUGAUUAAUAGUAUAAUGAUCAUUUUAAUAUUGUCAAUUGUGCUCAUUUUUCCACUCCAAAGUUAUUCAUGGGCUCCUGGAACCGAGUUUCCAUGUCCAGAUGAGCCUCAUCUUUUUGAUCCCUGCCAUUGUUCAGUGGUAUCUUUUGAUUCCGUCAACUAUUAUUCACAAAUAACAUGUUCAGGAGUAAAUGGGAAACAAAUUAAAGAGGCUUUCCAUCGAGCCUACCAUUAUCACAACAUUUCCAGGUAUUAUGAUAUUUUAAUGAUUAAAGAUGUUGCCCUGUUAAAUAUCUGCUGUGAUGAUAUGUUGGAAGGUUUUCGCUUUAAAACAAUCAAAAUUACCGAUUCCAAAAUUUGUGUCAUCCAUGCAAAUGCAUUUACCUCAACUCAUGGUCAAACAUCUGAAAUUGUUUUGAUGGAUGUUACAUUCACUCCUAAUUUAGUAGAUGGUGUUCAAUUGUUCCGAGUGGUCCGCAAUUUUGCCAAUUUAAGAGGGUUUUACAUAAUUACAUCAAAUCUAGAAGAUGUUCCUGCCAAUGCAUUUAGUUUACAAUCCAAUUCACAUGGUAACUUUGGUAAUCAACUGGAAGUUAUUCGCAUCUGUAAUUCAAAAAUAACUCAUCUGCAUGAUUAUACAUUUACUGGAUUACCACGACUGGUUUGGAUUGAUUUUGGUGAUAAUCAAAUUAAUAGGGUGGCAGCUCAUACAUUUACCUUAUCAUCUCACCAAUACACUGAGGCACCACUUGAGAUAAGUUUGAGUGGUAAUCGUUUAACAUCAGAAAACAUUGAACCAGGAUCAUUUGAUAAUAAUCUGACUAGACCGGUAACAAUCUACCUCAAUUCAAAUAAAUUGACAACUCUUUCCGAGACAACCUUCGAAACACUUCUUCGUCGACCCAAUUAUAUUGUUUAUGUUGAAUCUAAUCCAUUCAUCUGUGAUUGUAGACAUCGUUGGUUAUUUAAUCACAAAGAAGACAAUAUGUAUCACCUAAAGGAGAUGAAAUGUGUUGAAGAUGGAACAUCCAUUUGGUCCAAAAAUUUACCCAACGUAUGUGAUCGAAGUAGAUUAGUUGUUGAACCACCGGGAGUUGAAGUUUUUCGCAAAUGUUGCCGUAAAAUUAAAUAUGAUCGAGAUCAUUCAGCUGAUGAUCAUCGACAUGAGACACACAUCCAUCCAUUACCAGCAAGGCAGGUUUAUUAUCAUCCUCCUCACCAUCAUCACCAUCAACAACAACAACAACGCGAAUAUCUAAUUAUUCCCCAACAGCGUCCAGUUCGAGAGUAUUUAGUUCAAUCAGAGUUUGUUGAACAACAGCAACGUCAUUUCAAGUCAAAAUGAAAAUGGUUUUUUGAUAAUCUUACCAUGAAUUGUUUCCCUAGAAUUAAAUUUGACUUGGUCCCCAUUUAACAUAAUGUAUUGAUGAUAAAACCCAAUUGAUAAAUAGUUUUCAUUCAAUCGGAGUAAUAAAAUAAGCGGAAUUUUGCUAUCAAAAUGUACGUCAAAGUUUUUGAUAGACAAAUGAAGCUUAUUUGAAAAUAAAAUGAUUUAAUCUGUAUCUUUUUCACCCUGUAGGCUUUAUUUAAAACUUGAAUUUUAUAAUCAA